ACCAGGCCACCCAAGGGAGAGAAGAAGAGCUUCCAAACUCACCUCCAUUGCUGCAAAUUCGAGCUCAAGCUCUAGUGGUCCAAGGAGGAGGAUUUAAGAAGGCAAAAGUUAGGAAAAGUGUGAAUAAUUAAGGCACUUGUAAAGGGUAUUUCAAGUGAUUUCACAAAGUUGGAAAAGUCGCCGGAAUUGUCGCCGGAGUUGACCAAAAGUCGUCGGAGUUUCACCGGAGUUCAACCAAGAAGGGUAGAACUUCUUAACGCUAGUUCAAGGUUGAAGCUAGGGCUUGCUACCUGCACCUUUCUACGGGUGACAUCAAAUUAAGGAAGACGUGAAAUGGAGGGCAGGCGAAUGCGGACCAGGAACAAUCCGAGGGGGCAGGCGCCGGUAACAUCCCAAAGGGGAAGCCGGGCUGCAUCUCGGGGUUCAAGAGGAGGCCGUGGAGGCCGUGGAAGCCGUGGAGGUCAUCAAGCUCAAACUGUGAGUGAUGGCCAUGUAAGCUCGGUGUAUGAAACCAACACCGAGGACUAUGACUCAACCUACGUUCCAGAAACGGAGCAUGAGGAGACCCCGUAUGAUGGGGGGGACACAUACACCGAUGACGACGAUGAGAGUGAUGCCCGAUUCGCCCAAAUGGGUGAAUUACUUGAGUGGUAUCAAAAGGAGAAACUGAGGAGAGACCUUAGGCGCCAAGCGAGGCGUGGCUCUCGUGGUGGUUCGGGUCAAGGAAGCCGGGGAGCUUCCGUGGCCACCCCAGCGGCGCCACAAGGUGGGCAUGAAGGAGGUUUCGUGGUAAGAAUCUCCAAAUACCUCAAGGAGGCUAGGGCCUUGGGGUGUAGGUCCUUCGACGGAACCGGCGAUAUUACCGUUGCCGCCGAUUGGAUUAAGAAGGUGAAGGAUGCAUCGAGAGACAUGCAGAUUACUCCGGACGUGAAGCUAACUGUCGCUUCACGGCUACUUGAGGGGAUGGCUUCUACAUGGUGGGAAGGUGUAGAAGGGAAAUACCGUGGGGACAUCUCAUGGGAAAAUUUUGAGCAAGAAUUUUAUGCCCAAUACUACUCCGAUUUCGAGGUUAAUGUAAAAAGGAGGGAGUAUACCAACCUCAAGCAGAAAGAGGGUUGCACGGUUAAGCAACUGGAGCAAGAGUUUAGAACCUUGGCUAGGUUCUUACCGGAGUAUGCGAUCGAUGAGGACCGCAUGACUGAGCACUUCUGGGAUGCCCUACUCUUGGACAUCCGAGAUCGUGCCACGUAUUCCCGCCUCAUGACCUUUAGUGAGGUGGUAGAGCAGGGCAUGCUUGGAGAGGCCCAGUGGAAUGAGAGGAAGGCAAGGGACGCCGAAGAGGCGAAGAAGAGGAAGUGGAAUAAUU